AAAAGAACAUGAAUGGGUUAAAGCCUCCCCAAGUUGAUGACAAUAACUCCAAAACAUCAACCACUCCCAGUGCAUCACCAUAUGAAGUUCUGGAAACAAAUUGCUAUGAAGAUUCCAGUACUGGCACUCGGCAAGAGCUUCAGCCAAAACCAUCAACUUCGUCAAAAGCCGAUCAUCAAGUAUUAAACUCAUCCUCAAGUAAUUCGUCCUCAACAUCAAGUUCAUCUUCAGAGUCAAGUGAUACUUUAUGUAGUGACGUCGAUACAGAUGAUUCAGUUUCUGAUAAGGAUUACGUGCCUGAUAAAGAGGAUGAAACAGAUGAGACUGAAGAUGAAUCACUACCAAGAAAUCAGUCACUUUGUCCAGAUAAAUCAAAAGCAAGCCAGGAAAGCGUGUCUAUUUUGGUAAGUCCGGCGAAGAAAGGCAUCAAACGAAAGAGGCGUCCUGAAACAUGGAAGAGAAACAAACAGAAACAGCUGCGAAAUGCGGGAAAAGCCUACACCAUGCAUACCAAAAAAAAAAACAAUGAGGACAGAAAGAAGAAUGAAACCACCUUGUGGGGAAAAAUGUAGGCUUAAUUGUUCAUCGAAAAUCGAUGAAGAAGCUAGAAUGGAGAUCUUCAACUCUUAUUGGGACUUGGGUGAAUUAUCCCUACAGCGCCAAUUUCUAGCCAAUUCAAUAACAGCCAUUGAACCGACCUAUAGAUACGUUCGCAUAGGUGGAAGUCGUCAGCCAAGAGCCUUGAACAGCGCAUUUCAUCUCCAUGUGAAUGGUGAGAAAGUUCGAGUAUGCAAGCUGUUUUUUAAGAACACCUUGGAUAUAAAUGACAGACCCAUACGCACUGUUCUAGAAAAACAGAAAAAAAUUGCUGGAACACUAUUGGAACCUGACCUCAGAGGAAAACAUGACAAUCAUGCUACUGUUAGUCAAGAAAUUCGAGAUGGAAUAAAGCAGCAUAUAGACUCCAUACCAAAAAUUGAAAGCCACUACACUCGAGCCAAUACUUCCAAGAUGUUCAUUGAUGGCAGCAAGUCAAUUGCUGACAUACACAAGGAUUAUGUAGCAAAAUGCAAAGAAGAACAGAAGCAGUUUGGAAAUUAUACACUCUUCUACAGAAUAUUCACAGAGGAGUAUAAUAUUUCCUUCUACACUCCCAAAAAGGAUCAAUGCGAUGUUUGCACCGCUUUUGAAAACGCCACUGAAACUGAGAAAGAUGAUAUGAAGGAAAGUUAUGAUUUGCACCAUCGAGAAAAGGAAUUAUCAAGAACAGAAAAAGCACGAGAUAAGGAGAAGAAAAACUGUGCUGUUGCAGUAUAUGAUUUACAAGCUGUUAUGCAGCUACCUAAAGGAGAGGUUUCAGUAUUUUACUAUAAAUCCAAAUUAAAUGUACUUAAUUUUACCAUAUACAACCUGAUAUCUAAUGCAUGCAAUUGCUAUAUUUGGAAUGAAUCCAAUGGCCAUAGAGGAGUAAAUGAGCUUGGUACUUGUGUUCUGAAGUACUUAAAGGAUACUUCCUACCUCCUGGAGCGAGGCACAUACUAUGUACACAAGGACUCUAGGCUCCUUGCCGUACACACCAAACACCUUGAUGGCUCCCCCGCCAGUGCAUAG